AUGCCGGCACGAAAGGUCACACAGGUCAUGCCAAACACGGACUACCUCAUAAUGGCUGCAAAUGUCGUCUGCAAAUUACAAUUAUUUCUCGUAAAUACGUGCGGGACGAGUUCGGCUUGGUUUAUCGUUUCCAUGACGACACAGAGAGUCAUGUCAAUCGUGUGGCCUCAUUACAAGAGUUUGUCGUGUACAGGAAGACAAGUCAGCUUCAUUAUACUCAGUAUUGUAGCAGUAUGUACAGCUAUUAACGGGUACCGGCUUCGUGCGUACGUUGUGGCAACGGAAUUCAACUCAACAACGGCUUUAUGUACAAUUAUCGACGACGAAGAGCUGAAGUAUUUCGACUGGUACAUCUAUCCGUGGAUCGAUCUUGUUGUGACGUCACUGAUUCCAUUCAGCAUCCUAAUCGUAGGUAACAGUGUGUUAGUGUGGAAGGUGAUUCAGUCUGUACACGUGGCCCGUGUGAUGACCGCCGGAGGUUGUGACCAGGUCAACAGUCGCCAGAAAAAGGCCUCGUCAAGUGCUUGCGACAAUGGUGUCCGUUGA